AUGGCCGAGUCUGUCACCUACGCAGACCUGCGGUUUGUGAAGGCUCCCCUGAAGAAGAGAGUCUCCAGCCAGCUAGGACAGGACCCAGAGGCUGACGAUGACGGGGAGCUCACCUACGAGAACGUACAAGUGCCCACAAUCUCAGGGGGGGCCUCCAACUUGGCCCCUUCUGGACUAGGGGACAAGGCCGGGGUGCAGUCGGAGCCGCCCGCCGCGGCCUGGAGCUCCGUGACGUCACCCGCAGCCUGGCGGCUCCUGGGCGGCCAUCCAACCUGCUCGCAAUACCUCCUUCUGGGCCUGCUCCUCACCUGCCUGCUGUUGGGGAUGGCUGCCAUCUCCCUGGGAGUGCGCUACCUGCAGGUGUCCCAGCAGCUCCAGCGCACCAGCAGGGCCCUGGAGGCCACCAACAGCAGCCUGAGGCAGCAGCUGCACCUGAAGAGCGCGCAGCUGGGGCAGCGGGAGCGGGAGCUGCAGGGCUCCAGGAGGGAGCUGGCCCAGACGCAGGAGGCGCUGCAGGUGGAACAGCGGGACUGCCAGGCUGUCAAGGAGCAGUCACAGGCCUGGCUGGCCAGCUGGGAGCAGGCAAAGGAGGCCUUGAAAAGCGAGGAGACGCAGAGGAGGGCCGUGGAGGAGAGGCUGAACCGCUUGCAGGAUAAGCUGAAGCCGCUCUGCCUGCCGGAAAUGCUGAAGCCCGGCUUGGAACACCACCACCCCUCAGACACCUGCUGUCCCCUGGGAUGGAUACUGAUGGCGACGAAUUGCUUUUACAUCUCACUUAUUAAAAGAAGUUGGGAAGACAGCCAAAGCUAUUGUAAUUCUCUGUCCUCCAACCUUGCCAGGAUUGAGUAUUCAGGUUUUUAUGGCAGCAGCUUAUAUAAGGUGUUGGAACAAAUUGAUUCGUCUGACUCAUACUGGAUUGACUACAGGUUUAAGGACAGGGACGGGACUGAUGCUAAAAGAGUCUCUGGGUAUCAUGGUCAGAACAAAAAAUGUCCCUCUGUACAAAACAAGUGGCUAAGAUACCAAUACCAGACAGAGUGUGCUACUUCUCUUCCCUGCAUCUGUGAGAUGGCAUCUAUUAGGCGUCCAGAUUACCACUGAGCUGAAUCCUCAUGCCAACAAGAGCCUGUGCCCUUCGUCCCUAACCUGCAGCCACAGGCCCUAGGAUUCUCCCUCGCCAGCAUUUCCUCAUCUGCCUGGAUAGUGCCCGGCCAAGGGCUCAUCUAUGCCCAGCACUUCUAGGCAGCCUGCUGCCUGCUUGAAAUCCUGUCCCAGAAACUGGACUAUUCCUGGGAAAAGGGUACAGAAG